ACAUUCUCUGUUUCUCUCUCACACACACACACACACACACACACACACGGCUGCGCGGAGGGCGGACGGUUGAGGCGGCUCCAGCGCUGAACGCUCCCCGGGUGAUUUCCCCUCUCUCCCCCCGCGGAUUACUCCCCGAACCCGGCCUGUCUGCUCCUCCAGUGCCGCGGUCUGUUCCUCCAGGGCCUGCGGGACACGGCGGAGCGGGAGAGCGCUCGCUGGCGGUGUGUGUGAGAGUGUUUCCCCCAUGGCUGCGGGCUGGAAGGACGGCUCCGUGCAGGAGAAGUACCGCCUGGUGGUGGUCGGAGGCGGCGGCGUCGGAAAGUCGGCGCUCACGAUACAGUUCAUCCAGUCGUACUUCGUCACGGACUAUGACCCCACGAUUGAAGACUCGUACACAAAGCAGUGCGUGAUCGACGAGAGGCCGGCGCGGCUGGACAUUCUGGACACGGCUGGGCAGGAAGAGUUUGGGGCCAUGAGAGAACAAUACAUGAGAACAGGGGAGGGCUUCCUACUCGUCUUCUCUGUCACCGACCGGGGAAGCUUUGAAGAAAUCUACAAAUUCCAAAGACAGAUCCUGAGGGUGAAGGACCGGGAUGAAUUUCCCAUGAUCCUCGUGGGCAACAAGGCUGACCUCGAGCAGCAGAGACAGGUGUCUCAGGACGAGGGGCAGCAGCUGGCGCGGCAGCUGAAAGUCACGUACAUGGAGGCUUCAGCCAAGAUCCGCAUGAAUGUAGACCAGGCUUUCCACGAGCUGGUCCGAGUCAUUAGGAAGUUCCAGGAGCAGGAGUGCCCGCCUUCACCGGAGCCCACGCGCAAAGAGAAGGACAAGAGCGGCUGCCACUGCGUCAUCGUCUGAUUGGCCCGUCACCGCCAGCUGCUGUCACCAGUGCCCCGCCCCUUCACCCUGCCUUCUGACAUCACAUCCUGCGCGGAUGAAUCGCUGCCUUUCUACACGUGCAUGUUUUCUUCACAACAGAAAAGAAAAGAUGAUAAAAACGGCGGUCCCUCUCUCAUAGCCUUAUCGGGGGUCUCCUCCUCCUCCGCCUCUCGGACUUCACUACUAGAAGAACCAAACUGAAAAAAGAAAAGAAAAGAAAAACAGAUAAAAACAGUAAAAAAGAAGAACAGAACAUGAUUGAACUCACCAUUCUACCUUCAGAUAGUGUACCGACAUCACGACCUUAAACGCAGAUAGAGUAUAUGGUAAUCGUGUUCCAACACUAAACAUCUAAACGCUUCUUUUGAAGGUGCGCCUACUAAAUAAUAAUGAUAUAAAAUAAAACGUAAUUCUUUUGUACUUGGAAGGAUUUUGUUUCUCGUUGCCUUAUAGUGACAUUUCCUUUGUUUUAUAGUGAAGAAGAAGAAGUAACUAAAAAAACGGGAAUUUCGAUGAAGUUUUAAUUUUUUCUUCACCUUUUUAAUCUUUUUGUUUGUUGGUUUUUUUUUUAUUUUGUUUGUUCGGAGAGCUCCACCGUAGAGGGAUGAUCUUCUGAAGCUAUGUGCUAAUCAACUACUGUACAUAACGUGAAAAUCUGUGUGAGCUAAAAAAAAUAAUAAUAAUAAUCGCCUUUGUUUCCUUUUAAAACAUUUCAUUUUUAACAACACAACUGUUGGAUAAUGUGAACAAAAAAAAUGAAGAGAGCACUUCAGUUUCUGAAUCAGUUUCUCUGAUUGUGCUAUUUAUAGGUUUAUGUUUGAGUAAAAUGAACAUUGUUGUUUUAUUCUAUAAACUACAGACAACAUUUCUCCCAAAUUCCAAAUAAAAAUAUUAUAGUCGUUUAGAGCAUUUAUUUGCAGAAAAUGAGAAAUCAAUAUUUGGUGGAAUAACCCUGGUGGUUUUUUAAUCACAGUUUUCCUGCAUCUUGGCAUCAUGUUCUCCUCCACCAGUCUUACACACUGCUUUUGGAUAACUUUAUGCUGCUUUACUCCUGGUGCACAAAGAAUUCAAGCAGUUCAGUUUGGUGGUUUGAUGGCUUGUGAUCAUCCAUCUUCCUCUUGAUUAUAUUCCAGAGGUUUUUAAUUUGGUAAAAUCAAAGAAACUCAUCAUUUUUUAAGUGCUCUCUUAUUUUUUUUUUUUCAGAGCUGUAUGUAAUGUAUGUACAUAGACAUGCCUGAACCUCAUGCCAUCUGUAUACGCUUUUGUCAGCACCCGAACAAAGAUAUAUAUCUAAACUAGGGCUGGACGAUAAUUUAGUAUUGAUAAAAUUUUAUUACCAAUAGUCUUCGCUCAGUCAUGGAAGCUCUCCUUUCAUUCCACGAGUCUCUCUACACUCUACUGUUCUUGAUUUAAUCUACAAUGAAGCUACAUAAAGUUUGGAGCUGUGUAGUGAUGAGCUUAAAAAAAAAUUAUUUUAAAGUUAAACGAGUGCUGAAUGUUAAUCUACACAGAUUUAUCUCCUAAAAACUGUUUAUUUCGGUGAGUAAAUCGCUUCUGUUUAUUUACAGUAAACUUAGAUUUACAACAUUUUGUCUAAGAGUGAGUUCUUAGUAAGGUUUCUCCAGCACUAAGGCUGGGUGCAGCAGCAUUAGCAUUAUCCGCUAACUGCAGCAUUAGCAGGAUGUACAUGCAACCCCAUAGCGCUACACUGAAGAACCCUAAGUGUUCCAGUAAUCCAGGGCGCUAUCAGCUGGUGAUUCGUCUCCUGUAGCAUGUUUUAACACCGGAGCAAGGUGUGUCGUGAAGCUCAUUGCUAUCUUACAUCCCACCAACAGUCUAUUUUCAUGCCUUCUACCUGUUUGGUUUAAAUAGCAGCAGAGCUUCUGAAUAUAUCUACACUGAUGGGCGUGGUGUUCUGGUUAUGAAAUGAGGUGUGUUCAGGUACAUUUCUGGAGUUUUGCUUGUUUAUCUUGGUAACAGAAAACACAGGAGCUCCACUGACUGAAUACAACCUAGACAGACGCCAACAGUCAGACGUUCAUCGCUAUCUUUGCACCUGGCUCUUAAAGGGAACGAUGAGCAAGAGACACUCUGAUGAGUUUUUUUCACGUUACGCCCAAAAUGAACCACAGCCGUGAUUAAGAGAAUUAGUACAUGCCUUUUGCAGGGUGUUUCAAGUCGUGCAAGGUGUGCACACUUUUCCCGUGGUUACGAUAGCAAAGACACACUGACACACUGCACCGAUUCUGGUCGCAAAUUUGAUGAUAUGGAAAAUACUUUUGGCUUAAUUUCUAUACAGUAUAAGGGAAUGGAACCAGUGCGUCCAUGCUUAUAUACAGUGAUUAGUUCACGUUAAUAUCAUAAUUGUAUUAUUAUUGAUUAUUAUUGAUACUGAAGUAUAAAAACAAUAUCGUCCAGCCCUAAUUUAAACCUGUGCUGCAACUACUUUAGACUCUAGACACCGUGCUCCAUCAGCGUCGUCAGCUUUUUCACACUUCUAGUGAAUUAUUAAUGAUUUUAUUUAAUGGCUGAUGUGAAAUUUUCUGGUGUUUUUUUUUUUUUUUUUAAUCUACCUGUCGCAGGUGGACUGUUUGUGUCUUUGCUAAGUGUCUUUGACUUUCAGUUAGGGCUGCACGAUAUUGUAAAAAAAAUACAUUGCAAAUGUUCCUUUUUUGAUGAUAUAUAUAUAUAUAUAUAUAUAUCGCGAUAUUAAACAAUGCAGGGCCUGUGACAUCACCAGCCCUGCCCCCACCCAAUCAACCAAUCAAGAGCUGAGUCAGCGCUGAGCUCAACUUAAAACCCGAGGAAAACAGCAAAACAACAGUAAUCCGCCCUUUAAUCAGACAUUUAAAUGGCUUUUUAAAAGGUAAAUAAGAGCGUUUGUUUUUCUGGGAUUAAAAGCGUGAAUUCAGCUGUAACUGGAAAUAUCUGCACUGCAAAACUGUGCUGGACUGAGGAGCACAGCUUUCCACACAUGCUCACGUUUACAAGCACGUGCCCAACCAUGUGGAUGGAGGCCAUGCAUGCGUUUACCUCAUGUUUACUCCUCCCCCUCCCCCUCGCUCCCCUCCCCCUCGCGCUUCUCAGGCAGCAGCAGCCUGUCACUCACACAGACACAGAGACAGCGCUGUGUAUCUACUUCUUGUUUCAAGAAUCAAAAAACUGCAACAUUGCAACGUGUUUGAUUUAACUGCCUUAAGUGAAAACAGCGAUGCUUAAACUAUAUAUCGUGCAGCCCUACUCUCAGCCCAGACUUCUACAGACUGUUCUCACGCUCAGGUUGCCAGGUUUUCUCCACGUUCACCACAGACCUUCAGUCCUGAAGCAGGUACAUCCUCACCGACCGGCGCCGUGAACUCAACAGACCCGGAGAUAUAAUUAUAUCUCAAACAACUGGAUUGUUUUUUUUUUAUUUUCUUGCCUUAAUUUUGAAUGGAAUAGUUUUUACACUGACAGCAUUUACUGCUCUGUGUUCAUGGUUGCUGUGACUUUAUCGUAUGUUAAGCCAAAACAUUAUGACCAUCUAUGAGCCCAACAUCUGAACCCAACCUGACUUAAAUCUAAACUUUGUAGCCCAAUCCUGAGUGCCUACCAACCAGAGGAGUGAAGUAAUGAAGUAUACUAACCUCUUAACUUCUUGAGACCCUGCGUCCUCAUAUGAAGACAUCAAAUUUCUGCUUCUCUGCACCAUUAUAUUUAAUAAUUUUGCAAAACUUUGACCAUUUGGUCUCAUACGGGGACACUGCUCUAUCAUCUAGUGGUCACAUAAUAACAUUCAACACUCAAUUGAUUGAAAACGAGGGUUUUCAAGGGGUGGGAAUCCCAGUCAAAGGUUUCUACAGCCAGUCCAGACAAAAGCAUGGGAUAGGCACAAGAUUCUCAUCCUAUUUUAUGUAUAAAACUUUUCCCCUCAUGUGUAUUUGCUCACUGUUGAAAGAUAAAAGCUCGUUUUUUGACUAACUGGGCCAAGUAUAGUUUUUAAAAAUUAAAAUAAACUACAGUCCCCAAAUGGGGACAUCAUUUUAGUCAAUUGAUUGAAAACAAAGGGUGGGAAUCCCAGUCAAAGGUUUCUACAGCCAGUCCAGAAAGAAACAUGAGCCAGAUACAAAACUCUCAUCCAAUUUUAUGUUUAAAACUAUGCCCUUUAUGGUUUUUUACUUCCUGUCGAAAGAUAAAAUUUUGUUUUUGGACUAAUUGGGUCAAGUAUAGUUUUUAAUAGUUAAAAUAAACUCCCCAAAUGAGGACAUCAUUUUAGUCAAUUGAUUGAAAACAAAGGGUGGGAAUCCCAGUCGAAGGUUUCUACAGCCAGGCCAGACAGAAAAAUUGGCCAGCUACAAAAUUCCCAUCCAAUUUUUUUUGUUUGUUUAAAAAUCUAUUACCUUACCACCUUUAGUAGUUAGGUCCAAAUAGUCCCAAGUAAAAAUCCUUAUCAAGCUAAAGUCAGAGUCUUAGAAGGUUACCAACAUGAUCUAGUGUUACGAGAAAAUCAAUUACCUUACUACCUUAAUCUUUUUUGUCCCAAAUUUGUUAGGUCCCAAAUUAAAAAUGCUUUUCAAGCUAAAGUCAGAGUCUUAGGAGGUAAAGAACAUGCUCUACUGUGUUAUCUAGUGGUCACAUGACAACAUUCAACACUCAAUUGAUUGAAAACAAGAGUUUUCAAGGGGUGGGAAUCCCAGUCAAAGGUUUCUACAGCCAGUCCAGAAAGAAACAUGAGCCAGAUAUAAAACUCUCAUCCAAUUUUAUGUUUAAAACUAUGCCCUUUAUGGUUUUUUACUUCCUGUCGAAAGAUAAAAUUUUGUUUUUGGACUAAUUGGGUCAAGUAUAGUUUUUAAUAGUUAAAAUAAACUACGGUCCCCAAACGAGGACAUCAUUUUUUGCUUGUUAGGUCCUAAUAAUCCCAAACUAAAAAGCUCAUCAAGCAAAAGUCAGAGUCUCAGGAGGUUACCAACACGCUCUACUGUUACGAGAAAAUCAAUUGCCUCACUACCUUAAUAUUUUGUGUCCCAAAUUUGUUAGGUCCCAAAUUAAAAAUGCUUUUCAAGCUAAAGUCAGAGUCUUAGGAGGUUAAGAACAUGCUCUACUGUGUUAUCUAGUAGUCCCAUGACAACAUUCAACACUCAACUCAAAACAAGGGUUUUCAAGGGGUGGGAAUCCCAAGCAAAGGUUUCUACAGCCAGUCCAGACAGAAACAUGAGCCAGAUACAAAAUUCUCAUCCAAUUUUAUGUUUGAAACCAUUUCCCUGAAACUAAGUGGGUCAAGGACAGUUUUUAAGUGUUACAAUAAACUACAGUCCACAUAUGAGGACAUCAUUUCUGCUUGUUAGGUUGUAAUAUUCCCAAAUUAAAAAUGCUUACCAAGCAUUUACCAAGUCCAGGUCUCAAGAGAUUACCAACAUGCUCUACUGUUACGAGAAAAUCGAUUACCUUACUUCCUUUACCUGUGGGUGAUUAAGUGGUCAUAAUGUUGUGGUUCUUCACUCACUGUAUAUACUGAUAUAUUGUUGUUGGUUUGUUUUCCUAUUAUAGUAGAAUGUUAUACAUACCUAAUGUUUUUAUAAUCAGCAUCAUAAUCCGUUUUUCUUUCACGAGCACACUUACAGUAGGAGAUGUUUUUAAGGUGUUUUUUUUAAAGGUGUAUCUGCAGGGGGCUCUGGAUGUGUUUUAGCGUGUAAAGUGUCACAGUAACAGUCUGUGGUUGGGUCAGGCACUGAGAAAACCACGUAACUCCGUUUGGGUUGUGUUCACACUCAGCCUCGAUCUGUAAAAUUCAGCGUAAUCUGUGUUCUUUUAACGUCCUGGCUUCGUAUCCCGAGGGUUCACAUCACUAUUUUCACUAUUUUGUUUCGUUUCGUUCUUCCUUUAAUUUUUAUUUUAUUUUCUUCACGUCUGUAUUUCUGUAUGUGGGAUACAAAUAAACUAUUUUAGCUUUG